UCUCUUUCUUUUUCAUCCAAACAUUCUCCUCCUCUUCCUCUCCCUCUUCCUCUUCCUCUUCCUCUUCCAUCUGUCUGUCUGAAACUUUGAUUUCUCUUGUUUUCCAGGUGUCUUUUCUUCCUUGUUUGUUUUGCUUGUUUCGAAUAAUCAAAGACAGAUUACAUGUUUAGUAGAUGGAUCAGAAGUUCUUUCAUUGAAGCAUGGGUUCAUGGGGCAUGAGAUGGUAUAGAAAGAGAGAGUCAUGGAAUCGAGCCAAAGUGUUAGUGAAGAUAAUUGUCAAGCGACAGAAAGUAGGAUCCCGACUCACGUGUUUGCUCCGACGAGCGGCGCAUCACAGGCGGAAUGGAGUACGGCUUCGAACGAGUCGUUGUUCAGCAUUCACAUGAGUUUCAACGAGAAGCCGAGUUUGAUAUCGAAAUCAGAGGAGAUGGAUCCCACCACAAUUUCCAGUCCGCUGUUUGAAUUCUCGGUGAGUUCAGCCACCCCGAGAACACCUAAAGAUGAAUCCCACCAAAACAACCAUCCAAAUCUUGGGCGUACCAUGUCUCAACUCUCGGAUACAAGUGUCAAAUCUUUCGCCUUCCCCAUAUUGACGGCAGAAAGAGAUAAAAACAAUACAGGCAAAAAGGGAACGAAGUCGAGGACAACUCCACCGGAGACACCGGAGGCACAGCAGUCAUCGACCCCUAAAGCAAACCAAGAUGUAGAUCAAGGAAGAUGCUCUUGCUUUUCUUGUUUCCCCUCUUCUUAAUUAGCCAAUUCCACCCAAAUUAAUACUAAAGCACUAGCUUCAUGUUGGUAUCCAUUUUAGAGUU